AUGGAGCGGAUCAAUCCCGCUGAUUACCCCGAUACAUGUUCCUUCCCACCGGCCUCAUCUCACGAUGGCGACCACCAACAAAACCCCUCAACCACCCCACCACCCCUCAUCCCCAAAUUCGUGCACUUUGUCCGCCUCCACGACACCGACGCCUCAUUCGGGCUCCUCGAAUACCUCGUCAUCCGCGCCGCACACGUAAACAUCCGCCCCAUCCGCAUCUUCUACCACCACCGCGCGCUACCCUCCACCGACAACGAGUGGUGGGAGCGUGCGAGGGGGAUGAUCACGGAUCUGGUGUAUACGGAUGAUUUCGGGGCUGUGUUUGGGAAUGUGGUCGAGAAGGGGGCGCAUAAGGCUGACGUGGUGCGGUUGAGGGCAUUGAUGAAGUGGGGGGGGAUCUAUUUGGAUAUGGACGUAAUCGUCACAAAACCCCUCGACCCCCUCCUCCACCACCCCCUCGUCAUGGGCCUCGAAGGCCACACCGCCCCUUAUAUCGGCCUCUGCAACGCCGUCAUUCUCGCCUCGCCCUCCUCCGCCUUCCUGCACCGUUGGUACGCCGCGUACACCACCUUCAACGACGCGGCCUGGUCCGACCACUCCGUGGUGUUGCCGUACAAUAUGUCGUUGACUGCACCAGAGGGUGAGAUCUGCGUGUUACCCCCGACGAGUUUUUUUUGGCCCGGGUAUUGGCCCAAUCAUCAGGCGUUUGUGCACUUGGAGGACGAGUGGAAUUUCUACAAUGAUUACCAAUAUGCUAGUCAUGUUUAUAAUACGGGGAAGAAGUAUCUUUGGAAUCUGUCGGUGAAGGGGAUUAGGACGAGGAAUAGUUCUUUUACGAGGUUGGUUAGACCGUACCUGCCGGAUGAUGUUUGA